AUGCAUACCUUGUCAAUCGCCACCUAUAUAGCUUUUCUAGCAAGUACUACUUACGCAGGAUUCAGUUCUGACUCCAAGAGCAAUGUAGCUGUAUACUGGGGACAAAACUCUUAUGGACAAAGUAGUGGCGAUCUGGCGCAACAAAGAUUGUCAUACUACUGUGAAAACACAGAUUUUGAUGUAAUCGUUAUGUCCUUCCUGACUCGCAUCAAUGGUCAAGGUGGUCAACCGGAGCUCAACUUCGCCAACCAAGGUGAUCUCUGCGAAGUCUUUUCUGGUACCAAUCUCCUGGACUGUGCCGAGCUCGCUGCCGACAUACCGACAUGCCAAUCUCAGGGCAAGACAAUCUUACUAUCUAUAGGUGGCGCCACUUAUACCGAAGGUGGCUUCCAGUCUGAAUCUGCUGCUAUAGAGGGAGCUCAGAUGGUCUGGGACAUUUUCGGGCCCAUGACCUCUACAUCUGGGAACCGCCCGUUCGGGAAUGCUUCAAUUGAUGGCUUCGACUUUGACUUUGAAGCUGGCGUUCAGAACAUGGUUCCCUUCGCAAACAAGCUUCGUUCACUCAUGGACACCGAAAGAUCCAGGGAGUUCAUUUUGACGGCGGCCCCGCAGUGUCCUUAUCCCGACUCUGCGAUGAACGCCAUGCUUGAUGGUGCAGUUAGCUUCGAUGCAUUAUUGAUCCAAUUCUACAACAACUAUUGUGGUUUGCAAUCGUACCAGGAUGGCGCUGCCGAUCAAUCCAGCUUCAACAUGAAGCAAUGGAACGAUUGGGCGACGCAGACAUCCAAAAACAAGGACGUGAAGAUCCUGCUCGGUAUGCCCGCCAAUACAGGUGCGGCUGGCUCCGGUUAUGUUACGAUCGAUAAGCUACGUCUGAUUAUUGGGUACUGCAAGCAGUUCUCCAACUUUGGCGGCGCCAUGAUGUGGGAUAUGACCCAAGCUUACGCCAACAAGGAUUGGCUCCAGGAUGUGAAGAGUGCCUUGACAAGCAACUAUAGGAGGUUCUUUGCUUAGAUCAUGUGGUAUCAUC